GGGGGGGCAGGGCCGAGCGGGAGACCAGAGCCGGAGCGGGAUCCCGAUCCUGAGCCCCAGCCGCCGCCGCCAUGCGCCGCCCCGGGGUCGCCUGCUGCGCGCUGCUGCUAGUCCUGGGGCUCUGCCGGGCGCGUCCCCGGAACGCACUGCUGCUCCUCGCGGAUGACGGAGGCUUUGAGAGUGGCGCGUACAACAACAGUGCCAUCGCCACCCCGCACCUGGACGCCUUGGCCCGCCGCAGCCUCCUCUUCCGCAACGCCUUCACCUCGGUCAGCAGCUGCUCUCCCAGCCGCGCCAGCCUCCUCACUGGCCUGCCCCAGCAUCAGAAUGGGAUGUACGGGCUGCACCAGGACGUGCACCACUUCAACUCCUUCGACAAGGUGCGGAGCCUGCCGCUGCUGCUCAGCCAAGCUGGUGUGCGCACAGGCAUCAUUGGGAAGAAGCACGUGGGGCCGGAGACCGUGUACCCGUUUGACUUUGCUUACACGGAGGAGAACAGCUCCGUCCUCCAGGUGGGGCGGAACAUCACUAGAAUUAAGCUGCUCGUCCGGAAAUUCCUGCAGACUCAGGACGACCGGCCUUUCUUCCUCUACGUCGCCUUCCAUGACCCCCACCGCUGUGGGCACUCCCAGCCCCAGUACGGAACCUUCUGUGAGAAGUUUGGCAACGGAGAGAGCAGCAUGGGUCGUAUCCCAGACUGGACCCCCCAGGCCUACGACCCACUGGACGUGCUGGUGCCUUACUUCGUCCCCAACACCCCGGCAGCCCGAGCCGACCUGGCCGCUCAGUACACCACCAUCGGCCGCAUGGACCAAGGAGUUGGACUGGUGCUCCAGGAGCUGCGUGACGCCGGUGUCCUGAACGACACACUGGUGAUCUUCACAUCUGACAAUGGGAUCCCCUUCCCCAGCGGCAGGACCAACCUGUACUGGCCGGGCACUGCUGAACCCUUACUGGUGUCAUCCCCGGAGCACCCAAAACGCUGGGGCCAAGUCAGCGAGGCCUACGUGAGCCUCCUAGAGGAAAGGAAUGAGGCUCAGAGAGGUGAAGUAAGCUGCUCAGGAUUGCACAGCUGGUAAGCACUAAGCUAAGAUUCUCGCUUGGAUCCUGCUGCUUUCAAAACCAUUGCCUUUUCCCCGCCUACCUCCGAUGAGCCUCAGAAUCACCUGGGAUGCUUGUUAAUCAGAUUGCAAACCCCAGGGUGUCCGAUUCAGUAGAUCUUGGCGGGCUCAAGAAUUUGCAGGUCUGACAAGUUCCCAGGUUUUGCCGAUACUGUGGGCCUGGGGACCCCUCUCUGAGCAUCUGUGCACCCCAUCCUGCCUUCCUGGGGGACCCAAAGCACCUCAUGACCCUGCCCAUGUCUAAAAAGACCUAGGACAUCUAGUCCCAUGUUAUGGACGUGCAGACAAAGACAUGGGUGCAGGAAGACUUUGUGAGGGGCUCGGGGUGAGCCCUUUGGCAUAGGGCAGAGGCUCGUGCGUCCUGCCCACUGCCUGGCAGAGCCUCCAGGUGGGGUGGGCCCGGGACAGCAGCAAACUCAGGUUCCCUUUCCCUCCGAGCUCGUGGCCCACAUCAUCUCUCUCUGGCCCCAAAUUAUGAGCCAGGAGCACUGUGGCCACACCCACCACAGGACUGGAGUAGACAAGGUACCGAAAAGGAGACUUCUUUUCUGGUCCAUAGGAUUUUAGAAGGAUCCUAAAUGUCACCGAAUCAGGGCCUCUUGUUAUACCAUUCAAGGCACCAUGGCCCAGAGAGAUGACGUGGCGGUGAGAGGUGUCGGCUCGACAAGGCACCUCCCGCUGCUGAUUGGAUUGGAGAAGGUAGCCGCCCAGAGUGGCACAGGUUCGGCCCUUCUGAGGGCAGCUCCUGUGUGCUGAGGGCUCUGCUGCUCUGAGAUGCCGCGUCCCUUCCAGACCUCACGCCCACCAUCUUGGAUUGGUUCUCGAUCCCGUACCCCAGCUACGCCAUCUUUGGCUUGAAGACCAUCCACCUCACUGGCCGGUCCCUCCUGCCGGCGCUGGAGGCCGAGCCCCUCUGGGCCACCGUCUUUGGCAGCCAGAGCCACCACGAGGUCACCAUGUCUUACCCCAUGCGCUCCGUGCAGCACCAGAACUUCCGCCUCGUGCACAACCUCAACUUCAAGAUGCCCUUUCCCAUCGACCAGGACUUCUACGUCUCACCCACCUUCCAGGACCUCCUGAACCGCACCACAGCUGGUCAGCCCACGCGCUGGUACAAGGACCUCCGUCAUUACUACUACCGGGCGCGCUGGGAGCUCUACGACCAGAGCCGGGACCCCCAUGAGACCCAGAACCUGGCCGCUGACCCGCGCUUUGCUCAGGUUCUGGAGAUGCUUCGGUCCCAGCUGGCCAAGUGGCAGUGGGACACCCACGACCCCUGGGUGUGUGCCCCCGACGGCGUCCUGGAGGAGAAGCUCUCUCCCCAGUGCCAGCCCCUCCACAAUGAGCUGUGACCAUCCCAGGAGGCCUGUGCACACAUCCCACACAUGUCCCAGACACAUCCCACACAUGUCCAUGUGGCCGGCAGACUAGGAAGUAGUGACAACAGCCCUUCCGCCUGCACUCCCGUCCAAGGAGGGUUCUUCCUUCCUGUGGGGUCACUCCUGCCAUUGCCUGCAGGGGGACAACAGCAUGUGCCCAGCCCCUCCACCACCAGGGGCACUGCCAUCAUGGCAGGGGACACAGCUGUCCUUGUGUCUGAACCACGUCCCGGCACGGGAAUUCUAGACAUACAGGGUCUGCGGACAGGGCAGCACCCCCAGCCCGUGACAAGGGAGUCUUGUUUUCUGGCUUAGUUUGGGGACCUGCAGAUGGGAGGCCUGAGGCCUCUUCAGGCUUUGGCAGCCACAGAUACUUCUGAGCCCUUCACAGAGAGCAGGCAGGGGCUUCGGUGCCACGUGGGCAGUAUGCAAGUCCCACCCACACUCACCUGGGAGCACGGCGCCUGGCUCUUACCAGCGUCUGGCCUAGAGGAAGCCUUUGAGUGACCUUUGGGCAGGUUUCUGCUUGCUUCUGUUUUGCCCCACAGUCAAGUACCUGUUCCCCAGGCGGGUUUCAGCUGAUUGGCGGCAGGCUUCCUGAGUGAUGAGCUUGAACCUGUGGUGUUUCUGGGCAGAAGCUCAUCUUUUUUGAGAGUGUCCGAAGAUGAAGGCAUGGCAAUGCCCGCCCUCUGGCAUGGGUUAAUUCUUCGGUAACACUGGCGUUGCUGGGUGGCAAUGCGCGUCCUUGGGCUUGGGUUAAUUCUUGGGUGACGUUGGCAUUGCUGGGAGAAUGCGCCAUUCCUGCCCUGCCUCCACUCACCUCGGGAGCAGAAGCCUGGCCUGGACACCCCUCGAAGGAGAGGGCGCUUCCUUGAGUGGGUGGCCUCCCCUUGCCCUUCCCUCCCCAUCACUCCAUACUGGGGUGGGCUGGAGGAAGCCACAGGCCAGCUAUUGUAAAAGCUUUUUAUUUUAGUAAAAUAUACAGAAGUUC